CAAUGUGGUUUUCAAACGGAAGUAAGGAAGGAACUAAGACACAGCUAGACAGAAAGAGAGCGAGCUUGCAAGAGUAAGAGAGAGAGAGGCUAAGAGGUAGGGUGCGUGAGACAGAGCAGGAGUUGUUCUGUGAGACUGCAACAAACAAACUGAAAAGAGAGAGACUGCUGAAGGAGACAAGUAUGUGAGUAAUUUUUCACAUACUCAUGUUAGUAGAAGGGAUAUUUUGCUCAGACUGAGUUAAGAAGAGAAAAGAGGCAGAUGGAAGGAAGUAUAGUGAAACAAGGCUCUCUGUACUUCCAGCAUCAGCAGAGGUUCGGGAAGAAAUGGAAGAAGGUUUGGGCUGUCCUGCAUAGACCUGCCUCCUCAGGUGUCGCGCGUCUGGAGAUGCAUGAAGGUUCCCAACCUCCAGAAUCUGGUCGCAAAUUGGAAUGUUGGAAACUCAUUCAGCUUAGCGAUUGCGUGAGCUUGUCAGAGCGCGGCGGGGAAAACAGCCCAAAGGAUACCCGCGCAUUCAGCAUCGAGACAGCACAGAGAGUCUUCCUGCUCGCCAGCGAGACCUCCGAGCAGCCAUGCUGGGUCAGAGAGCUCUGCGCUCUUGCGUUCCCUCAGGAGCGCUUGUUUCUGGAGAGACGUUGCAGUCAACCGCAGCAGUCUGAGGGUCUCCGGCUGCAGGAAAAUGUUCUGUAUAGUACUAGCAGAGAAAGCAGUCCAGGCAAUCAGUUUGUGGUCCGGAUCAGACAGACGGAUGCAUCUUCUCGCUGCAGUCUCUCUGGGAUGUACACACUCUCAGUUGACACCAACUGCCUCUCGCUGCGAGACCGUCAAAGCGGGAGCCUGUUGUACAGCUGGCCGUACCCGUUCCUGAGGAGAUUUGGGAGAGACAAGGCUAUGUUCUCCUUUGAGGCUGGCCGUCGUUGCACUUCUGGUGAAGGAACUUUUGAAUUUCAGACAGCCCUCGGUAGUCAGAUCUUCUCGGCCAUUGAAACUGCCAUCAGCUCUCAUCACAAUGACCUUGCCGUCUCAAGUUUGCAUGAAUACAGUAAAAUAACCAAUCUUGGAUCAUGGCCACCAGCACCCCCAUCUUCUCUUCAGAAGUCCAUCUCCCAACCACCUCCUCAAGUCAAUCUCCCUGGAGAAAAUCAUCUUCCAGAGAGUGACUAUGCCAUACCUUUUGAUAAAGUGGCUCGUAACCUCUUGAAUACAGGCUUUGUGGGUCUCCUUGGACCCGUCCCACCCGCACAGGGGAAAAUCAAGAAAAGCCGCGGAGCAGAACACAUAUACGAUGAGCCAGAGGUGCCCGUCAAUCCUGUCUACGACGAACCAGAGGAGAUGAAAACUGAUGCUUGGAAGACUCAAGGCACUGAUGCCCAUGAAACUGGAUAUGAAUAUCCAUAUUUACCGGGGUGGGAUGAUUAUGCUGUUCCCAGGGUUGGGGUAACAACCAGCACAAAAGGGAAACAAAAGGUAGAGGGGGAUGAGUGGGGAAGCGAGGUGAACGAUGAUCGUGAAUAUGAUAAUAUUACACUGAAGGGAUCGCAGAAAAGCUGAGGGGAAAGGUACUAAUGUGAGUAACUCAAGGACCAAAGACAAACUAGACCACUUAAAAUCUUAAUUUUUUUGUGCAGCCAAAUUACUAAAAGGGAUAAUUUCCUUCAUUGGAAGGAUGUGUAAAGGCCAUGUAAUGAAAGUGUGACAGUGCCUCAUAACCGUACAAUAAAGUCCAAAAAAUCAGAGGUUACUCAACCUCUAGCUAUUGGCAGACUACAGAUCCUAUAUUAUAUCUGUGUAGACUGUAAGCUCCGAGGGGCAGGGCUCUCACGACCUUAUAUUUCUUGUAAUCUUUUAGUGUUUGCUACCUUGUUUAAGGCUCCGUUCCACUGUUCAGUACUGUGGAACAUGUCUUAGCUUUAUAAAUAAUAAAUCAUAUUAAUAAUUA